CGGCGUUCUGCAAUCUGCGUGACUGCGUGCAGAAAUAUCAAAGGCCUUUGUUACAAAUCAUUUCUACUACAAAAGAAUUCAAUCGUCCAAAUGUUGAAUAAACUUGCGAACGGCUGAGAGAGAGAUUAUAUCACGUCGAUAAUCACCGAGACGAUUUUACCAAUCGUCGGUGCCUGGCAAGCUGUAAACGAUAUCGCGAGACUGAGGUUAUAGGCGGUCAUGUGCCGUUCCAUGCGGAUUUGAGUGACGCCGGUGUCUUUAUAAAAUGACGCAAAUUGCGCAGGAAGACUACGAAUUAAAAAGAUUGCUCAAUAAUCCAGCGAAGAAUGCGAGCGAGGAUGGAUCCAUGGCUCCGCCGUUAUCGACGAACGUGCCGAGGCCGAGCACGUCGCAAAGUAUCAAUCCACAGUCGACGAUGACCCCGAUAGCACCGGCUAACAGCACGGCAGAAGUGUUGGAGCCUUGUUUACAAAAUGUAGUCUCUACAGUUAACUUGCAAACGGAACUGAAGCUCAUGUACAUCAAUGUGAGAACUAGGAAUUCCGAAUAUAAUCCAGCAAGGUUUACCGGUUUGAUAAUGAGGAUACAAAAUCCCAGAGCAACAGCGCUCAUUUUCCGAUCCGGCAAAUUAGUAUGUACCGGCGCGAGAAGCGAGGAAGAUUCGCUUUUGGCGGCGAAGAAGUUUGCCAGGAUAAUCCAGAAGCUCGGAUUCCCUGUAAAGUUUGCCUCUUUUAAAAUACAGAACAUAGUUGCGACGUGUGAUUUGAAAUUUCCAAUCAAGUUAGAAAACCUAAGUCAGAUGCACAGUCAGUUUUCCAGUUAUGAGCCAGAAUUAUAUCCUGGCUUGACAUACAGAAUGGUAUCGCCUAGGGUGGUACUAUUGAUAUUUGUCAAUGGUAAAGUAGUGCUAACAGGAGCAAAAGAUAGAACUGAACUACAAAAAGCGUUAAAUAACAUAUAUCCGAUAUUAAAGAGUUUCAGAAAACAGUAAUAUUAUUUGUUUGUAAAAUAAACGUUACAAACAAAAUGAUAAAAUGAUUAUUGUAAAUAUUG